AGGAGGUCAUUCAUUGUUUACCGGGGUCAAACAUCAUCAGAAUUGUAAAGUAAGCAGUGGCUUUAGUUUUGUUGUGAUUUAGACCUCGUCGAGUUUAUCGAGGGAUUUUGUUGUGCUGUGAUUAGCCGAGUGUGUCCAGUGUUUGCUUGAUUGUGGAAUUAAUUGCUUGAGGAAGAUACACCGCGUUUUAACGCAAUUCAAGUGAAAAUGUGGGAUUUCUACACCCUGCCAUUGGCUGCAAUUGGAUUAAUAGUGCUCAUCUCUUUUAUGCUAGACUCCAUAUGGAAUAUUUUACAAACUUGUCGGGCUUUGUUAGCACCAUUGUUUAUAUCAACUGAAGAAACAUCACUUGCAAAAAAGUUUGGACCAUGGGCAUUGAUUACUGGAUCUACUGAUGGCAUUGGUAAAGCUUAUGCAUUUGAAUUGGCAAAAAGGGGUAUUAAUAUCGUAUUGGUCAGCAGAAAUGAAGAAAAACUGAAGAAAACUGCAGAGGAUAUUGAAGCAAAAUAUUUUGUGAAAACGAAAAUAAUAGCAGCUGAUUUUUCUCAAGGAAAGAAAGCAGUUGAUAUUGUGAAGGAAAAAGUUGGAAUAUUGCCAAUUAAUAUUUUAGUCAAUAACGUUGGAAAACAGUAUGACUACCCCAUGUACCUCUCAGAAGUACCAGAAAAAGAUUUAUUUGAUAUGAUCAACAUCAAUGUGGGAGCAGUAACUUUACUAUGCCGAGCCUUCAUCGAAGACAUGAAACAAAGAGGACGAGGUGCGAUAGUAAACGUCUCUUCAGGGUCGGAGUUGCAGCCGUGGCCUCUGAUGGCUGUGUAUGCAGCCACGAAGGCUUACAUCAGAAGUUUUACAAUGGCUCUUAGAUAUGAAUACAGAGAUUCCGGAAUUACGAUUCAACAUUUGGCUCCGUUUUUCGUCAACACCAAAAUGAACGCAUUCAGCAAUUCGCUACAGAAAAAUUCCUUCUUAAUUCCAGAUGCUGAAGGAUACGCCCGAUAUGCUGUUAUGACCUUAGGGAAAGUUGACGAAUCUUCUGGAUACUGGACGCAUGGUAUUCAGACGUUUUUUACAAAAGUGGCUCCCACGUGGCUGAGGAUGUACGUUGCUGCCCACAUCAAUCGUAAUUUUAGGGAAGAUUACUUCCUUCAGCAAAAAGCAGCAUAGUUGCAAAACGCAAGAAGAUCUUGGAGAGAGUGAUAUUGUGAAAUAGGAACAACGAUGUUAGAUUAAGCUUCAGUUUAAUUUAUAUUUUAUACUUAUAUAGUUAUUACAUUAAAACAACAAACAUUUUGCGACAAUAACCGUCAAAUUAUAAGUUCAGAAAACUUAUCAUAAUCCUUGCAACUUGGUAAUUUUUUCAUUGUCAUUCCAAAAAUUUUCAAAGUUUAAUUUUUCAGUUUUUCAACUAUAGGGCUGACUGAGCCGUGUGUAUCUCCUAUCUAAACCACUUAGGUACCAUUUAAAAGCUAAAUUAAAUCGAUUUGAUGUAUUUACGGUUUUCCUAUCUUCCUUUGAACCUGAGACACAUUCACCCAAAAAAUUUGUCCUGUUUUACCUACUCAGUGCUCUAGCUGUCUUUUGUGUGGUCAAACGUCACAAACUACACCGGUUCUGAAUCAGCCCUGACCCCCUCUUGAAACUUGAAAAAAUUCAAAUCGGUGUACCUUUCCACAUAAUAUAUACCUACAUACCCACAUAGGUACACACCCACAAACAUUUUCCCUUUUUAAAUAGAAAUUAAGUCAAACUUCUGAGCUCGAUAACUUUUGAAUGGUAUAACCGAUUUUCAAAAUUAGACAUGCGAUGGAAAGGUAAUGAUCAGUACUAUCAGAUGCCGAUCAAUUCAGAAAUCUGAAAAAAAGACUAAGUUUUCACUCUAAUGGCAUAUAAAACAACACAAUGCUAUUCUACACCCCACCAGAAUGAAAACAAUGGGAACCUUCUCUGGUUACACCUCCGAGGCUUCUACAAUUUGCAAGCCAUACGGAUGCUGAGACUAAGGAAGAUGAGGGAAUUCUACAAUUUACAAUUCACGUCCCAUCUGCUCAGCGCGGUAAAGUUCCAACGAGAAUGGCUCCCUUCAUACUCCACACAGAGUAAAUGUAAAUCAAAAAUGAAUAACCAUUUUCAAUUUCGUUGCAAAACGAAAACACAGCCGAACCAUAUUCUAGUCCAAUCAGAGAGUGCUGCAAGCACCCCUACCGGUUUCGAAACUUAUUAGUCUCUCAUCAGGCAGGGAGAGCAGCAUAUGUGCCCAUUGGGGGUUCCCAUUGUUUUCAUUCUGGUGGGGUGUAGUUACGUGGCAUUAUGUUGUUUUAUAUGCCAUUAGAGUGAAAACUUAGUCUUUUUGCUAGCAGUUGCCGCUAGGGCAUCUAUGCCAUUUCGUUCGUUGCAAUCCGGGAAUGCACGCUGGGGUUUGUUUUGGUUGGAUCAGGGAGAUCAGCCUCCUGAUGAGAGACUAAUAAGUUUCGAAACCGGUAGGGGUGCUUGCAGCACUCUCUGAUUGGACUAGAAUAUGGUUCGGCUGUAUUUUCGUUUUGCAACGAAAUUGAAAAUGGUUAUUCAUUUUUUCAGAAAUCUGAAUUUUAUUUUCAAAAUUUUUGGGAGUUUUGGGGACGAGAACGAAAAACAGACCCCAAAUGGGGAUGACCGUAAAACCCACACCCUUGGACCAAAAUGGAUGUUUGAUAUUUGGAUUGACAAAACUUUAAGAUGGCAUUUGGCCCAUUUUUCAGUUCGUUCAGGUUACGUGUAUCCAUAUUAUAGUGUCGCGUGUAUGGGGGUGUGUGCCACUGACGUGAACUACCGUUCUCUGGGGCUCUAAGAUAGUCUUCUUUUAGCCAGUAGGCAGACCGAUUUUAGAAAACGAUUCAUAUAAAUACCUGCUAUUGCCAACACCUUCAAGCAAUAUACACCCUAAUUGAACUUUUGCAGUUUUCUUAGGGCUAUAUUGUAGGUUGUGUCUGUAGCUUUUUUCGACCAACUUUUGAAUUUUAGUCACAUAUUAUCACAUGCUAUUAUUCAUGUACCUCCAAAAAACGUAACAUUUGUUUCAUUCGUAUGCAGUAGAUAAAAUGUGUCAGCUUGGGUUGAAGCUUUUUUUAUAAAUAGCACUGCUUUUGGUUACUUCAAUAUGUAGAAGAUGAUAAUAUCUUUAACAUCAACAUAUUUUAUGAAGGACUGUAUGAUUUGAUUGACGGUGUUCUGUCUUCUUCUUCUUGUGGCACUCCUAUCGGAGAUUGGAAAUCAUUAAGGCUACCCUGACUUUGUUUACAGCUGACCUAAAAAGUUCAUUAGUGGUGCAGCCAAACCACUCUCUUAAAUUCCGCAUCCACGACAUUCUUCUACGGCCUGGAUUCCGUUUUCCUUCUAUUUUUCCUUGCAUUAUAUUUUGAAGUAAUGCGUAUUUAUGACCUCUCAUCAAGUGACCCAAAUACUCGAGUUUUCUUCGUUUUAUCGUUAACAACAUUUCUGGGUCUCUGUAAUGGUAUGCAUUGUUUUCAGAAUUAAAGGUCAUGUUUUAGAAUUAUUUCUUUCUAGCGAAUCGUCUGCUACUUACAGAGAAAUUUCAGUCGUAUAAUAAACGUCAGUAAGAAAAAUUCUCGAUCAUGACAGCAACAUACAUUAUUCGAAGCAAUAAAGCACUGAAUCUCCGAAAAAAAAACGACAAGACGGAUCUUAAUAAUUCUUUUUGCAUUCGAUUCGUGAAUGCGCCAGGAAACUUUGUGACCCCGAUCCAUAAUAUAAGAUUGAAAAACUGCAUACAAAAAAUGCAUUCUUAAAGUGUAUCUCAAACAGAUAAUAAAAAAAAUUCAGAACUCGUCAAUUAUCAGCGGAAAUGAGUUCAAUUUCGUUACUCUAGGGUUUUUGGGGUCACUGAAAACGAAUAUGACGUCCUAAGUGAUCUCCGGAGUACGUGGUGCCAAGUGUACCUACUUUUUACCUCGUCAUUAAAAUUCAUUAAAAAAUUAGUCAAAAUCAUUACUCGUGGGGAUUUUAGGGUCACUAACGACGAAUAUGACAUCGAAAGUGAUGUACGGGUACCUACUGUUUACCUCGUCUUGUGGAUUUUUCGGCAAAAAAUUUAUUAAAAAACCAGUCAAAAAUCAUUACUCGGGUAGAUUUUGGAGUCGCUAACGACGAAUAUGACAUCGGAAGUAAUCUCAGAAAUACAUGGUCCAGAGUACCUGCUGUUUACCUCGUCUUCGGGAGUUUCCUUCAAAUUCAUUAAAAAAUUAGUCAAAAAUUAUUACUCAGGGGGUUUUUGGCGUCGCCGACGACGAAUAUGACAUCGGAAGUAAUCUCCGAAGUACCUGGUGCCCAGGGUACCCACUGUUUAUCUCGUGACUAAUGAUUUUUGACUAAUGUUUUAAUGAAUUUGCCGAAAACUUUGGAAGACGAGGUAAACAGUAGAUACCCUGGGCAUCAGGUAAUCCGGAGAUAACUUCGGAUGUCAUAUUCGUCGUCAGAGACCCCAAAAACUCCCGAGUAAUGAAUUUUCACUUAUUUUUUAAUGGUUUUUUUCCGAAAAUUCCAGAAGAUGAGUUACCCUGGACACUAGAUAUUCCGGAGAUCACAUCCGACGUCAUAUUCGUCGUUAGUGACCCAAAAAACCCCCCAGGUAAUGAUUUUUGACUAAAUUUUUAAUAAAUUUUUUGCCGAAAACUCCACAAGAUGGGGUAAACAGUAGGUACCCUGGGCACCAGGUACUCCGUAGAUCACUUUCGAUGUCAUAUUCGUCGUUAGUGACCCUAAAAACCCUCCCAGUAAUGAUUUUUGACUAAUUUUUUAAUGAAUUUUAAUGACGAGGUAAACAGGAGGUACCCUGGACACCAGGUACUCUGGAGAUCACUUACUACGUCAUAUUCGUUUUCAGAGACCCCAAAAACCCCAGAAUAACAAAAUUGAACUCAUUUCCGCCGAAAUUGACGAGUUCUGAAUUUUUUUUAUUGUCUGUUUGGGAUGCACUUUAAGAAUACAUUUUUUGUAUGCAGUUUUUCAAUAUUAUAUCAUGGCUUAGGGUCACAAAGUUUCCUGGCGCAUUCAAGAAUCGAAUGCAAAAAGAAUUAUUAAGAUCCGUCUUGUCGUUUUUUUAGGAGGUAAGGCCGAUUUUAGUGCUUUAUUGCUUCGCGUAACAUGUUCGAUUUUCCAAUUAGUUUGAGGGAUACUAUACCUAACUUUAAUAGAAAGUAAACUGGGCACAAAUUUUUAACUUAUAGUUAUAGCAGCACUUGGUCUUCUCAAAUACUUGCGAAAUAUGUAUAAAUAUGUAUACUUUCUUGACCAUAGAUCAUUUCUUAUUUAAUAUGAUUACGGUAAUAAAAUAAAUUAAUAAAAAUAAUAUAAUGUAACCUAUAUUACGAAAUUUUUUGGGGAUUUACUGUAUCACAAAAUUUCCCUAUUACGAUAUUUUACACAUGAAAAUAUGAAUAAUGGAUCUAAGAACAGAGGCGCAAAAUUUCGGGCCAAUGCUUUUUGUGCAUUCAUUUUUUUCGAAUUUUGAGAAAACUAUUAAGUGUUUUUUAAAUAAAUUUAAACGCAGAAUGAAAAAUUAUAAUAUUUACCGAGGGCGGAAAGCCUCCUUAGAAUAAACAAAAAGUUUAUAUUCACUGCUGCAGCAGUGAAAUCAGCAAAGAAAGAGCCGGCCGAACGUCAAGAACAUCACACCAAAGAAGCAGGAGAAGUCGGCCGAACAACCGUCGACUAGAGUCCACAACAACGGGAACUCCUGGGAAAGUUCAGUUAAGUUCAUAGUUUCUUCCUUGGUUUAAACAUCGAUCCCUGAUUCGCUGAUUGUAAUUUACAAGUUUUUAAUUAUUAGAAGAAGGCAUCAUUUUUAUUUUCAAUUCAGAGACCAUUACCCCCUUUCUAUGGCCAUUUCGAACCCCUUAGUUCUCAUCAGGAAAGUUAUCGUAAUGAUGCUCGUAAUGAGAGCAUCAUUACGAUAACUUUCCUGAUGAGAACUAAAGGGUUCGAAAUGGCCAUAGAAAGGGGGUAAUGGUCUCUGAAUUGAAAAUAAAAAUGAUGCCUUCUUCUACCUACGUUCUUACUCACGUUUUGAGUAUUAGGAGACAGUUUCGUUGAUCUUUGCCUCGAUGAAUUGACGUGUAGUGGAGUGCAACUAUUUAGACCCCCACGUCUCUGCAUUCAUCACCCUUUAUUCCUUGUAAAUUGUAGAAGGAUGGGGCAUAGGUAUAAGAGAGAAUCUGUUUCCGAACUAAGAAAUCCAAAGAUUUUAUUAAGUUUUUAAACAUUUAUUUGUUUAAAGAUGGAGUCUUUUGGUUUCGACAAUUUUUUUUAAUUAUUAAUUUUAGUAUGGUAUGACUAGACCCAAACCCAGACAUCCAAAAUGAAAGUUGUCCUCCAACACCAAAUUAUUCUAUAUGGUCCACAUAAUGUUCAGAAAAACGUGACACCAUUUUGAGCGUCGACUUUGGGGGGGGGGGGGGGGGAGAGGGGGGAGAAAUAGGUAAAUUCGUAGUUUUUUACGAUUUCGUGAAUAUUUUUAAAACUAUACGAUUUAGCAUAAACAAUCUUUUAUACAAAAAUGUUCUACAUUAAAUUUGAAAUAAAAAAGGUCCUAUCUAUAAUCCUUCUAAAAUGAACGGUUUCAAAGUUACUGAGGUAGUAUAGUGUAAUUGGUCCAAAAAAAGGCCUAACCUAAAAAUCCAAAGUAAAAGUUUUCCUCUAACACCAAAUUGAUCUAUAUGGUCCACAUAUUGUUCAGUAAAAAGUUACACCAUUUUGAGCGUCCGGUUUGGGGGGAGAUGGGGGAGAAAUCGGUAAAUUAGUAGUUUGUUUAUGUUUUUCGUCAAUAUUUCUAAAACUGUGCUUUAGCGUAAACAAUGUUCUAUACAAAAAUGUUCUACAUAAAAUUUAAAACAAAAAAGGUCUUACACAUAAUUGUUAUAAAAUCAACAGUUUCAGAGUUACGGAGGGUGAAAAUGGAGGUUUUCGAUACUUUUUAUAUUUUUUAGGAAAUUCCCUACUGAUUUUCUUUAACAGGAUGGUGUUUUAUAAAUCAAAUUUGCCAUUUCAGUGACCGAUGGUAUGUUAGUGAUAAGUUCUUGAAGAAACGCCGACCUCACCACCCAAAAUUAUCAUCAAUAUCGUCCUAAAAAUAUAAAAAGUAACGAAAACCUCCACUUUUCACCCUCCGUUCAAAAUGGUGUAAAUUUUUACUGAACCAGAUGUGGACCAUAUAGAACAAUUUGGUGUAGGAGGAAAACUUUUAUUUUGAAUGUCUGGGUUAGGCCUUUUUUUGGAACAAUUAUACUAUACUACCUCCGUAACUUUGAAACCAUUCAUUUUAGAAGGAUUAUACAUACGGCCUUUUUUAUUUAAAAUUUAAUGUAGAACAUUUUUGUGUAGAAUGUUAUUCAUGCUAAACCGCACAGUUUCAGAAGUAUUGACGAAAAACAUAAAAAACUACGAAUUUGCCGAUUUCUCCCCCCUCUCCCUCCCCCCAAACCCGACGCUCAAAAUGAUGUGACUUUUUUCUGAACAUUAUGUGAACCAUAUAGAACAAUUUGGUGAAGGAGGAUAACUUUCACUUUCGAUGUCUGGGUUAUGCCAUCUUUUGAAUCAAUUCUAUCAUACUAAUUUGGUUACAUGAUAAAUACAUAUAAGCAAUAAGAUCUAAUUAAAUAUAUAAUAGUUGAAUAAAGAAUAUGUGUGAAAACUUUUUGUUCCGUCAAUAAUUCCUAAUUUCUUCAUAUUAGUUUAUGCCGAACAACACCCCUGAGGAGUUUCAACUUGAAGAAGAAUGAGCUAGCCGCUUCACAAUCAAAAAUCAUAUUUAAUUUUCUGUUCCUUUUUACCCCUGUAACUUAUUAAAACAAAUAUUACAGAAGUUUUUAUGGACGUUUUGUCCUCGGUAAUAAUGUACCCAGCAAACAGACCGACGUGUUAAUUACGUGAAUUUUGAGUACAUUUGUCACAAAUAUACGUAAAUUACUUACGUGAAUUUCACGUGAAAAUUUGGUUGGAAUGUCACAUUGAAAAUACGUCUUUAAAUUACGUGAAUAACUCGUCUUCAAUAGACGUGAUAUUUACCUUAAAUAGCAAUAAAAUGUUUCGGGAAAUUCACGUUGCAAAUACGUGUUGAUUAACGUAUCUUUUAGGGAAUGUAUAUAUUAGUAUUCACGUGAAAGAUACGUCCUCGGUUCACGUAAAUAAUUCGACCUUAAUUAAAUUAUGAAUCACGUAAUUAUUAUAUCCUCAUAAUAUGAUAUAAAUAAAACAAGCAUAUAAAGUAUACAAUGUAUUUAUUUAGUAAAUUUAGAGACUUUAAAACGUUUGUCCUGUAUAAUUAUUAUACAAGGUAAUGAACCAAAAAUGGUACCGACCUAAAGACACAUUAAAAAAUUUGCCAACAUAAAACACAACACAUGUCACUUUUUAUAUCGAGGACACUUCGACACUUUCUUGUUUUUUCUAAUUGCAUCAUGGCACUUCAACCCUCGAGCAGUGAGGUAAACGUUAAUACGAAAGACAUUAUUAUAAAUAAACCCGCCUAAAAUAAAACUAGGAAAAUAAAGCUCUUCAUGAUUCACUUUUUGUUGUGAGAAAUGUGAGAAGCCAAGCCAGAGUAGCUGAUAGAAGAUAUGAUCAUCGAUUAUAAAAAUCGAUUAUUUUUAAAUUACAGUUAAGCUAUUCUACUUACUUUAAAUUAGUAUUACGAAUUUUCCUUUUGUUUUUAAAUUUCUUCUACUAUUAACUAAUUGGUCUUACUAAAAAUCUAUUUCAAUACCAGAAUAAUAUAAAAAAAUAGUCCUAUCGAAACGUAUCUAUUAUUCGAUAAAUCGAUUAAUUUAGUUUUCGAACCAACUAUGUUAGUCACGUGAUGGUAUUUAAAGGAGGAGAAAGGCUUGGUAGUACUUCAUCACCGCGCGCGAUUUGAAAAUAAGACAACAUCAUUUUAACUCCUGUGAUAUUUUUAAAGAAAAAAAUAGCUUCAAAUCAAGUUGGAUUGAAAUAGCUAUGCUAAAUGAUCUUAAAAGCGAAAUCAUAAACUUUUUGUUUAAAUAUUGGUAUUAUUUACAUUACUUUUACGUGAAAUACAUCUAAUUUUUCGACGUCCAUAAAAUACAGUGACUAAAAUUCAAGCGAUACGUAUUUAACCAACACCGUUGUAAAAUUUUUUUUCCAAAAUAUUUCUCAAAAUUUAACCAAAGGAAGUUAUUUCUGUUUCGUGAUUAUUACGUAAAAUAAACGUACCUUUGCGAUGUAACCGAAAUUCACAAAUAUUAUAAAAAACAUGUAGGUACUAUAUUCGUUAUUAUGAUUUUAUAUUAUUCUAAUGUCAAACAUGUAUAAAGAAAGCACUAAUAAUAUAUAGGUGAAUGAUUUGGCACUGAAAUACGUUUUUUUCCCGUCAUAAAUCACCGAGUUACGUAUUCGUUGAAAUUUGCCGUAAAUUUAACGUAAUUAUCACGUAAUUGGGCUGAAGUCUGUUUGCUGGGUAAUCUCUCAUUCUGCGUUUUCAGACGUUUUUCAAAAAUACUUUCAAAAAUAGUUUUCUCAGGAUUCGAAAAAAUGAAUGUAUUUAAAAAGCAUUGGCCCGAAAUUUUGCGCCUACGCUCUUAAAUACAUAUUUUAAAAGGCAUGGUUUCUUACAAUUGAUAUUUUUAUCUAGUCAUUUUUCAAUUAUGUAAAACAAUAAUUAUUCUACUUCUUUAUAAAAAUAAACUGUGUUUAAAAUG